AAAUUGCACAUCAUAAGUCAUAACUUGAGUAUUUUGUACCUGUCUUAUCAACUGGACGAUGAGAAAUGUUUCAUUGUUUAUUGAUAACUAAUUAUGAAUGGAUUGACAUGAGUUAGUAAAUGUGUUGAAUUCGUACGAAGGUGUAAAUUUUAUGAACAAAGUGCUCACACAAAAGAACGAUCAAAUAUUGUUCAGUUCAGAAAAAAAGUGUUGUUCGUCGAGGAGUAUGUAUUUCGAAAUUCUGUAAAUUGAAGUUUGGUCAAUAUUUACAAGAAAAAUUGAAAUGGUUUCUUGAAAAAUCGAGAUGCUAAUUUCUGUUCAUUCUAUUGAUACGUUCGACUUGUUAAUCUGACGUUGAGUAUGAAAUAGUCCAACGACAUGAAUACCCAAGAAUUACCUAAAGAUAGAUCGGUUUUCCUUUCACGGUUCGUUGGUUCUAACCCCGAAACUGAUUCAAAAGAAGAUGGAAAUCUCAUCGAAAGUGAAGGAAAAGUCAAGAACAAAUUGUUAUCCAUGUGGAAUAACGUUAAAUAUGAUUUUUCAGGUAUGAAAUUACGUAGUAACUUCUCAAAAGAAUCUCCAGUUUGGCUACUAGGAAAGUGUUAUCGAAGGCUUGAGAGUCCUUCAUCGGAUUCUACGGAAUUAGGAACAGAUGUAGCUGCUUUUCACAGCCAGGGUGAUCUAGUUACCGGAGAUGAUGAAAACUUCGAAGCCUUCAAAAAAGACUUUUUCAGUAGAUUGUGGCUGACUUACCGUAGGGAAUUUCCUAUUUUGACUGGGUCCAAUCUCAGCAGUGAUUGUGGUUGGGGUUGCAUGUUGAGAAGCGGACAAAUGCUGAUGGCUCAAGCUUUAGUUUGUCAUUUUUUAGGAAGAAAUUGGAGAUGGGAUCCUGAAGCUUUGCCGGGCAAUCGUGAACAAUUUAUCGAAUCUGUUAAUCAUCGAAAAAUAAUUAAGUGGUUUGGAGAUAAACCAUCAAAAAAUAGUCCUUUGUCUAUUCACACACUUGUCACCUUGGGUGAAGAAUCUGGUAAAAAAGCUGGAGAUUGGUAUGGCCCUGGAUUUGUAGCUCAUUUACUCAAAAAGGCUGUGAAUAUAGCUUCUGAAGAAAACUACGAGUUUGACGCUCUGAAUGUUUUCGUUGCUGAAAACUGUACAGUAUAUAUAGGGGAUGUACUUCAAGAAAAUGUUGAUGCUGAUGGCAAAUGGAAAUCACUGAUACUUUUAGUUCCUGUACGAUUAGGAUUGGAAAAAUUCAAUUCAGUGUACGCUCCUUCUUUAACGGCAUUGUUCAGCUUGAAACAGGGUAUAGGCAUUAUAGGCGGAAGACCCAAGCACUCUAUGUACUUCGUUGGAUUUCAAGAUGAUAAAUUGAUUCAUCUGGACCCUCACUACUGUCAAGAAAUGGUCGACGUAUGGGCUCCCGAGUUUCCACUUAGCAGUUUCCAUUGUAGGUCACCAAGAAAAUUACAUAUCGGCAAGAUGGAUCCCUCAUGUUGUAUCGGAUUUUAUUGUUCAACUAAAGAAGAAUUUUUUAAUCUAGUUGAUACUGUCCAGUCACUUAUUGUACCUUCAGGAAAAUCUAACAGUUUGGGAACUGAAUAUCCUCUUUUCAUAUUUGAUAAGGGAUUCAGUCGAGAUUCUUCUUUUUCUCCGCAAAGGUUACCUCCGAAAGAUUUGGAAUUUUCUGUUAGUAGCACAGAUGUUGAUAUUGAAAUUGAACACUUCAAUUUGUUAUAAUUGCAUUAUUAAUGAAGUUUUAUUUUUGAUAUUUUUUAUGAUUAAAUUAAAAGACACUA